AGAGAGCACGAGGCUCGCCAUGUUCCGGUGCGUGUUGCGGCUUGUGUCGCCUACCUUCCUCCCACAGCAGCCGCCCACCGCCGUUCCGUACCCAUCCUUGGCUAGGAAGCUUCGUGCGGAACCGCUGUCGUUCGUCACUUCUCCACGACCCGUCGGCGUGUAAGCGGGAAGAUGGCGGCCCCUGUGCAGGCGGAGGAAUUCUCGGCGAGAAAAUGGAAAGAUGGCGAAGCUCACGAGGUGUUGCCGAAGGUGUUUUUGGGCUCAAUGGAGGCGGCGAGGGACAAAGAGAGUCUCAAGGCCCACGGCGUUACGCACGUUCUAACGGUUAACGGCAAGGAGCCGGCUUUCAAAGACGACUUUGAGUACAGGGUAAUCAAAUUCGGUGGUGAUGACGGACCCCUCACGCCUCAUUUGAGCGAAAGCCUACCGUUUGUCGACGACGGCGUGGCUGCCGGUGGCGUCCUGAUCCAUUGCACACACGGUACCGGGAGAAGCGCAGCGAUGGCGAUUGCCGCGGCGAUGAAAGAAAAUGGGAAAGUGCCCCAAGUAACGCCCAGGACGGGCUUGCUGCACCCCGCUUAGUUUACCUUUCACACUAGCGCGGGCCUAGCCUUCCGCGGGUUGUGCAGUCACGCGCAAUCGGUCGACUCCCACAACAACAGACACCAUGGAGGGCAUCGACCUCUCCGCCCUUAGCGGGGACGAGCUACAACAAAAAGUGGAGGAGAUCGUCCAGCAACGAGUACAAGCCGAACUUGAAGCUGACAGGAUCAACGAGGGCGAAGUCACCUACGCCCAACCACCAGCCGGCAACCCAGUCCCACCUACUGGCAACCAGCCAUCACCCUCCAGCCAGGGCAAACCAGCCACCUUCAACGAUCCCAGCAGCGUCGCACACAUCGUGGCACAAGCGGCUAAGGCGACAGCUGAGGCCAUUGCUUUCAACAACAGGGCUUUGCCCGCUCAGGCACGUUGAAUUUACGUGUGAACCCUGGCUCAGAAAUAGAACCUUGGCUUGGUAGCGUGAAGAAGGAGCAGGACUUGUGUAUUAUGUUUGAUAUUGUUCGUGGUAAGAUGACGUCAUGUUGCCGCAGGUCGGCAUGCUGUGCAUCCCAGUCUUCGAGGGCAACCAGGGGGCGAUUCAACUAGCGCAGAACCCCAUCUCAAAGUCGAACUCGAAGCACAUGGGUAUAAGGCACCACUUUCUCAGGGAGCUGGUAGAGAGGAAGGAAAUUUCGGCGAUCCACGUGCCGUCGCCAUACCAGCGUGCAGAUUUUCUUACGAAGAGCUUGCCGAAGGACACUUUCGAGUCUCACCGUGAUUUGUGAUGAAUUUGGCAUGACCAUUUAUUGUUUUUCUGAUGGGUUGUGUUUAGGUUUUGUUUUGUUUCCCGCGCAUGAGGUAUCAAUCGUGCGCGAUGCAGUAUCCAAGUUUCUUGGAAUUCUUUUCAUUUUCUAACAUUUUGGAAGUAAUCUUGAUGGCUUAUGUUCUGGGAAAGCCGUCUUUUGGUUGAGACAUCGGGUGUUGGCGAAGUUUUCAGCGAGAAACUGUUGCGAGCACGGGGGAUGUUCGAUAUACUCGCAGCAGUAUCUGGUGGUGAAGAUCCCAGGGGGAUACGUGUUCGUAAUUUCGUGUGUUGUAGGGUACCACUGGUGCAGUCACGGGGACCCUUCUGGCGUGGUUGGUGCGAUGACUGGGUGCGUACUGCGCACUUGUUCUCUCUCUCCACCGCCACCGCCGUCUCUCCAAUCAAGUUUCCUU